UGUUGCUGUCCAGUGUAAACACAGGCACACACUUGUUCACUCCAAUGGCCGCAGGAAGGUUUUUUGACACACUUUCUCCUUCUGGUCUUGUGUCAUGCAUGCAGCUCGUCCUGUAGCCUGUGCAGUGUAGUCGCUGGGGGGGUGCUAUCUGACCCUGAAUACCCCCCUACCCCUGCCCCUGGCCUCCCCAGCCCCUAUGUUCCCUAUGCUAACCCUUCUCAGCAUGUUUUACUAUAUCUGUCUGCGGCGGCGGUGCAGGAGCGGGUCCCGGGGAGAGUCUCUGGGCGGACGGCGCGCGCUCGUCGAUUUGGGUCAGCGUUCCACCCUGCCAGUGACCGUAGAGGUGGAACAGUACGCUAAGGAGGUUCUAGACUUCAGCUCGCAUUAUGGCAGCGAGAACAGCAUGUCCUACACUAUGUGGAACCUGGCUGGGGUGCCAAACGUGUACCCCAGCUCUGGAGAUUUCACUCAGACGGCUGUGUUUCGGACGUACGGACGCUGGUGGGAUCAGUGUGUUAGCUCUCCUGCCCAGAUACGCCGCACACCGCCCUCCUUCCACAGCCGAGACUUCCUGGAGCUGGCUUUCGAGGAGCAGGUGUACCCCACCGCUGUGGAAGUGCUGGAGACCUACCAUCCGGGUGCUGUUGUGCAGAUCCUGGCCUGUUCACUAAAUCCGUUUACGCAGAAUCCACCUGCUGAUGUCAGGUGGGAGGUGUUAUGGUCAGGCGAACCCACUAAAGCCAUGAGCCCCCAGGCUCGUCAGUUUUCCCCCACCAUCCGGCCCAUCAACUUCCCCACCAACCUGCUGCGUCUGGAGGUGAACAGCUCUAUGCUGGAGUAUUACACCGAGCUGGAUGCAGUGGUCCUGCGGGGGGUCCGCGAAAGGCCCAUCCUCGCACUCUAUAAGAUGCCUAUGAUAGACAUCAGCGAUCUGAGUGAUGGUGAAGAGGACCUGAGUGAGACCGGGGGAGCCCUAUGCUGCAGGUCUGCCGCUGCUGACCACAAGCACAGCCUCGGCAACGGCUACUUCGAUAAACUGCCAUACGAGUUGAUCCAGGUAAUUAUAAGUCACCUGGCGGUUCCUGAUCUGUGUCGUUUGGGUCAGUGCUGUAAACUUCUGCAGCAGCACUGUUCUGAUCCGCUGCAGUACGUCCAGCUCAGCCUGCAGCCGUACUGGUCUCGGCUCAACGAUGCAUCACUCGCCCAUCUACAGCCACGCUGCACACUCCUGCAGAGACUCAACAUGUCCUGGUGCGGAAACCGAGGAGCCGUGACGGCCGCCGGAUUCUGCAGCUUCAUCAGGUCGUGUGGAAUGAGCUUGGUGUGUCUGGAGCUGUCCUGCUGCCAUUUCCUGAAUGAAAUGUGUUUGGAGGUCAUCUGUGCGACGUGUCCACGCCUGCAGGAGCUGGACCUGUCCUCGUGUGACCGGCUGCAGCCUCAGGCCUUCACACACAUCGCCAAGCUCGCACACCUUCAACGCCUCAUUCUCUACCGCACCAAGAUAGAGCAAACAGCCAUGCUGAACAUUCUGACAUUCUGCAUUGAACUGAAACACCUCAACCUGGGCAGCUGUGUGAUGAUAGAGGAUUAUGACGUGGUGGUGAGCCUGCUGGCGGCACGGUGUCGGGGGUUGGUGUCUCUGGACCUGUGGCGCUGUAGGAACCUGAGUGAGCGGGGGCUGGCCGAGCUGGUGGCCGGCUGUGCAGGGUUAGAGGAACUGGACCUGGGCUGGUGCUCCAGUCUCCACAGCAGCUCCGGCUGCAUCCAGCUGUUGUGCCGCAGGCUGAAGCGUCUGCGCAAACUGUUCCUCACCGCAAACCGCACCGUCUGCGAUAACGACCUCGAGCAGCUUGCAGCGAACUGCCCUUCACUGGAGCACCUCGACAUACUGGGUACGAGGAUGGUGAGUCCGGCCGCUGUGCGCAGGCUGCUGCAGUCGUGUCCUCGGCUGCGAUUGCUGGACGUCUCCUUCUGCUCUCAGCUCGACACACGGACUGUACAGGAACUGACCAACCUGUUCCCGAACAUCUCCAUUAAAAAGAGCUUCACCCAGUGACCUCUGCACUAGCAGGGGGCACAGGGUUUUACUGGUGCUGCAGUUGUGACUGCUCUGCAUUACAGUGUUUUUACAGCAAUAGUCUAAAAAAGAACAGCGUUUCUAAUCUCACCUCAUGUGUAGUCAAUCAGAAAAGACAUGUGUGGUGUCUGAAUUUGAUUGUCUGCAACCUUUGACAUGCCACCCAAAAAUAUGAUCUCUCAAAGAGAGUCACGUCAGUCACUGCGUAACAUUUCAUAACAUUUAAAAAAUUAGGUUGUAAACUACAACCGCAAGUUAAUAUUAUUUAAUAAUAAUUAUAAUUGAAUUUCGCAAUUGUUUUCCCUAUUAUCUUUUUAUAAAUUAGUGUUUUGAAAUACACACAUUCAGAGUGAGUUUUGGUGUGAAAUUUUGGUUUAUUGUAGAGAAAAAACCUACCAGUUUGGAUUUCUAAGCAGUGGUGGUGAUGGGAAAAUUUACAUUUGCAUAAAUUACAUUUUUAUUUCCAUUAUAUUUAUAGCAUUUAGCUGACGCUCUUAUCCAGAGCGACUUACAUUGUUAUUCGCAUUACAGAAAUGGGAAAAUGUAUUGUUAGGAGUCUUGCCCAAGGACCCUAAUUAGUGUAGAACAGCAUAGUCACCAAGUCUCCCAUAUGAUGUGGUAGCUCAUUGGCAUUGCAGUGGUGUUAUCCACUGUGCCACACUACAACACAAUUCAGCCAUUUUAUUUAUUUAUUUAUUUACUAUUGAGUUUUAUAUGAAAAACACUUUUUUUCUUCUCAAAUAACAGUACUUAUGACAUGAAUAAACAUUGUUAAAUGUUAUUACAGUAAUGCCUUAAUUAAUUAUUAGUUGUAGGCACUAGUUAAAAAUAAGUAUUAAACAUUAACAAUAAUAGUAAUAAAAAAUAAUAAUAAUAAUUGAGAAAUUUAGUUUAAAAAUGCUGUAAUGAUUAACCCUCUAUGGCAUUAAUUACAUUUUUGGAAGAAAAAAAUAUGUUGUCUUUGGAAACAUUUUUGAUUAUUUAAAUCACCACUGCUUUAUCAAAAUGGCCCUAACAAAAGUAACCUACAUAAUUUUUCCCAAAAGACAACUAAUGAAACAACAUGGUUUUAGUAUGUUUAUAACAAGAAUGUAAGAAUAUAAUAAGAAAAUAACAGGCAAAUGUACUUCUUUACAUAUUCUUGCACAUAUACAUAUUGUUAUAUAUAUUUGUAAUAUGUAUAUCUACAUACAUUACAUUACAAUGAGGCGUGCAAGUGGUUCAUAAGAACCACUUGCACGCCUCAUUGUAAUGUAUGUAGAUAUGCCAUGUUACAUUAUAUUUAACAAUAAAUAAAUAAACAAAAAAUAAGUUAUGUAUAGGAUGGAAUGGUAUAAUAAAUCUGGUUUGUUGCCCAAAGGAAAUAUAAUUCCAUAGAGUGCUAAAGAUGUCUUAUUUUGUGUUCGUUAAUAAUUAAUUGAGGCAUUCGAGACAAGUCAUAAGUACUGUUAUUUAACGUACCCUUAUUGUAAAGUGUUACCGAAAAAUACAUUUGCUGUAAAUCUUUGAUUUCUUCAUCAUUUUAAUGAUAUACGAUUUUAAAAACACAUUUUAGACCCAUUAUCUUUUUCAAAACUAUGGUAGUUCUGUAUAUCAGAUAUCAGGGAGUGUGUUCAUAUCAUUACAUACUAAUAACAUACUAAAUACUUCCUAAAUACUUCCUGUAAAGGAACUUUUAGAGGUUCACCACCACUGCCGACAAUUCUGACAUACUGGUAACUUGCUAACGUAGAAGUGUUUCACACCAAAUGUACUCUGAAUCACUUCAUUCACAUCUUAAUUUAUUUACGUUUAAUUAUGCAGAGCAUUUCGUAGUAGUGAUGAAAUGACCCCUUAAUAACACUUUUAAUAUACACUGGCAUGCCAAAAGUCAUGGGAUAGCAGUAUGUAAAUUGAUCAUGAAGUGUUACCUUAAGGAAAGGCUUGGAAACACCCACACCUGUAUGCGUUGUGAGGAGUUAUCUUGUGAGUGUGGUUGAAUGUGCUGGCUCUUGAGAGCACUGGCUGUCUAGUGAUGCUGCACUGGUGGCAGUUUGAAAAGAGGCGGUGGUUGACUUCACAUGUAUUGGAGGAGGCAAGUGAUUGGAGGGUCUUAAAGAGAGGGUGGGGUAAUUGGCAUUGGUGUGACACUUGUGGGCGGGGCACAGUUAGCGUUAAAGCCCUGACUAACCAAUAGAUAGAGAGCUAACAGUUUAGUUUGUAUCACAAUGUCUUUACUAACAUGCCCAGGGUUUCCCACAGCAGUAUGUAGAUAGGGAACUAGUAUUGUGUCCCAUGACUUUUGCCAUGUCCUAUGGAAGCUAAAGAACGCUGACCUGUGGGAUUACUAUCAGAGUCAAUUGUCUGUCCACAUGGACAGUUAUAGCCAGAUGCUGCCAGUCACAAUCAUUACCACAAACAUUACCACUCAACUUCAGAAAUGGAAUGUCCAAUUUUUCUGGCAAUCACUAUCUGGCCUUGCCUAAACUCCCAUAAUUCAUGUCACUUGUCCUAGUGAGUUUGUGGGUUAAUUGGCUCUCCUAAAUUUGGGUGAUAAUUAGUUGAUAAAUAUUUGUAGGCGAGGCCUAGCUAGAUUAAUAAGCAUAGUACUAACAGACUUUAAACUGCUGUUAAAGGAGAAAUCUGGCGUAAAAUGGACUUAUGGUCUUGUGAAACAUGAUAACAAGUACAAACUUUAGUCAAAUAGCCCUCUUCAGUUUGGCCACAGCAUUCUAAAAUAUAGUGCUUUUAGCUGAUGCUCCCAACAGGCUUACAAUGCUAUUGAUAGGGGCAUAGAGUUGCCCAUUCAGUUGCCCAUGCAAAAAAAAAAUCAAUAGAAUUUUUUACAUCAUUAACAAGCUCAAAGUAGCUCCAAACUUCAUUGGUAGAAUUCUGAGGGACCCUGACAUUUUAAAUGAGGCAUUUCCAAAGAAUUAAUUUUGCAAGCAGUUCCCCUAUCCUACCCUUCGUCGUUCAUCCUAAUCAGUUGAGCUUUUCAUGCUUAUUGAGGUACUGUCUUUAUAAACAGCCUUUUUUAAUAACCUACUAUGUGUACUUUCAAGUUUUAAGUUCUCAGUGCCUCGUUUAAAAUAUCAGAGCCCUUAGAAUUCUACCAAUGAAGUAUGGAGCUACUUUGAGCCUGUUAUUGGUGUAAAAAUAAGCAAUUCCUCUGCGUGGCCAACUCUAUGCCCCUAUUGCUAGAAUUGUAAGCCUGUUGGAAGCAUAAGCUAAAGGCACUGUAUUUCAGAAUACUGGGGAGAAUAGUGUUGAAAUAUUUCACUACAUUGUUUCACUACAAUUCUAGUCCAUUUCACACCAGAUUUCUCCUUUAUGGCCUAGCCUAGUGUUAGACACCAUUAAAACAUGCUUAAUUUGAUUGACUACAUGCAGGCUGAGGAGGAGGAAACUUGGAAACUUUAAGAAGAGGACGAAAUGAAGCACGGAGCUAAGUGGUGGCUCGGUGUAGACUCUUUUGUGUUUGUUUUGUUCACACCUGACCUCAGUAAUUGUUCUUAAUCUCAGGGUUUUAUUUUCACGUUUUAUUUUUCGCAGGCUGAACUGAACACCCCUCCUCAUGAACACGACACCUGAACUGCAGUUGCCAUGCAGUAAUUGUGGAUAGUUUUCUUUAUGUUAUUUUCUCCAGUGUGGGUGUUGAUGUUAAUGUAUAUGACACGCAGUUAUGACUGAUUUUAUUUAUGUGCUUGUUUUGCGUACCUGUAAAGGGAGUGCAGCGGUGCAGGCAGCUGUAACAUCGCCUCACUCAAAGCUCCGAAACCUCUGAAAGCCUCUGUUCAGAGGCCUUUAAGGCUUUCUGGAUGAGUCUGGAAGUCUGACGGAGUCUGAAAUUUGAAGUGUGUCCCACCUCCCGCGCACAUGAGAAGCUUUUACUUUACUUUUGCAAAACUUGGAAGUUUUAUUUGAAACAUGCUGACUGCUAGACAAUGUAUUCUGGUGCCUUAUAUAUAUAUGUAUAUAUAUAAUGAGAGACGCCAUUGUCUGUAUGUCUGUGUGUAUGCAUAUAUAUAUAUAUAUAUAUAUAUAUAUAUAUAUAUAUAUAUAUAUAUAUAUAUAUAUAUAUAUAUAUAUAUAUACACAGUAUUUUUCACACUAUAAGGCGACCCGUGUUAUGAGGUGCCCUAUCAAUGAAUCUACACAGAUUUCUCUUCUGAGUGGGUGAGUAAAGCGCUUGCUUCCAUUUAUUUACUGUAAGCUUAGAUUCCCAAAUUUCUCCAGCACUAAGGCUGGAGCAUUAGUGGCUAACCGCUAGAGCUGCACUGAGUAAUUCUGAGUGUUCCAGUAAGCCAAAACGAUAUUAGCUAGCAGUUCGUCCCAUUUAACUUAUUUUAACAUGGUAAACGCGCAUGCUACAGUGCGAUAUACUCCCCUCUGAUUGUUGAAAGAGCUAGCGCGGUUAGCGGGUAAUGGUAAUGCUGCUCCAGCAGUGCUAGCCGAGGUUAGCAGCAGGCUACAGGCCGAUAAUACUCACCACUGAACGGGAAAUAUCAGUUAGCGGCUAAUGCUAAUGCCCUCCAACCCCGGUGCUGGUAAAAAACUUCACUGAAACUCCUGUAUAAUGUUGUACUUCAGCAGAGUGGCUUUACUGCUUCUUACAACCUGACUGGUAAAAUUCAUACAUAAAGCACACCGGAUUAUAAGGUGCACUGAUGUUUUUGGGGAAAAUUAAAGAAUUUUAAGUGCGCCUUAUAGUGCGAAAAAUAUGGUUUGUGUGGGUCUGUGUGUUUGUGUGUGCUGGCAGAGUGGAAUAGGCUAUGUUCACACAGCAGGUAAAUGUGGCCCAUAUCUGGCCAUAUCAUUUUCAUACCAAAUGUUUAUUUUCAUCUGUUCACACUGGCGUCUUUUUAAUGUGACCCAUAUCUGACAUUCAUCUGAACAGUUUUUGCUGCUUAACUGAAAACAUACACUGAUCAAACCACCUCCUUGUUUCUACACCCAUUAGUAAUUUCUUCAUUAUUUAUCAUCUCAACUUGUUGUUCUGUAAUUACAGACUGUAGUCCUAUAUCUGUUUCUCUGCAUACUUCAUUAUUAUUAUCCUCAUUUGACCUUGUCAGGACUCCACAGGAGAGACCACCACAGAGCAGGUACAGUAUUAUUUGGAUGGUGGGUCAUUUAUUCUCAGCUUUUUAAACACCUUAGUCAGUGUCACUGCUGGACUGAGGAUGUUUACCAGCAGCACCCUGUGGGCAGCACAACAUCUGCAGCAAUAGAUGAACUCCUGUCUCUGACUUUACAUCUACAGAUUGGAGCAGCUUAGUAGAAGUCCAUAAUACAGUGGACAGUGAGUAGAUACAGUGUUUAAAAACUGUCUAAUCCACUUGAACCAGCUCACUAUAAAAAGGGCACAGUAUUGAAAAUGUCAGACUUAGUGUAUUUUUGCCAUUCACACUGCCACACAAAUGAUACAACGGUGUCACAUGAUUAAAAAAAAAUCAGAUGGCCGCUCUUUUACCUGCUGUUUGAACGUAGCUGCGGUAAUGAACCAAAGUUCUCAGUUAACUGCUUAUUUUUUUUUGUUCUUCAUUUUUUUAAAUAAGUGCACUACUCUUCAGCCAGUCAUUUAUGCUGCCCAAUGUGGUAUAUUUAAGUUUUUGUGGGAGUGAAUUUUAUUGAAAUGUCAUGUUCUCAUCCAAACUGUUUCAUCACCUGAACCAUUUUUAUUCAUAAAAGCAUAUAUAAUAA